CAGAUGUAUGAGACUGUUAAUUAUAUAAUUGGUUUUUUAUUUGUAAAAGUAGCUAAAUGUAUCGAUUUAAUAAAAAAAAAAGCUCUGCACUGCGCACAAACAAUAAUAAAUAUCUUCAAGUUUGUAGACGGUUAGUGGGAGUGUGUGGUUGCCUUGACACUGAAAGCUGUGAAUGUGUACAUGUCAAACAAUUUUUGCUGUUCAGACGCGUUUCUUGAGAAAACUGCGAGUGGAAACACAUUGACAAAAAACAUGGAAAAUGAAAGAUCUGGAGAAAACACUGACGAGCUGCUCUCUGUAGAUGCGGAUGAGGGGUUUGAUGCUUACGGGCUUAUUCCUCUGGCAUUGUCCCAUGAUCGCUGUGAUGUACUGCUGGACACCAUAGACACGCAACUGAGUCAACUACAGAUUCACAGCCAAACCCGAAUGCAUGGAGGAAACUCUAGGAGAUAUGAGUUACCUUUCUUGGGCUAUCUCGAUCGGAGUCAGUCUGUAAGCAAAGACACAGGCUUGGGAAGCACUGUUCCAACCAAUGAUAAAACACCAUCCAACCUUGACGGGACUCAAUCAGAAGGUAAAGAUGACAAAACAGAGCAUCAGACAAUGAAGAUGAUAAAGUUUGGCGUCGCAGCUACAGAUUUGUGGCGUCCUGAGGAAAGUGGCAGCUUGAGCUCUGUGUCCAGGGUAGAGCAGUGUUGUUGGAGACUAGAGAGGCUUCUUGGGAGAAAUGCUGAGGUGGUAGAGAUGGGAAACGAGGAGGACAGCGUCUGCACUGAGGACUUCUCAACACGCUUUAGAGAGGAAAUGCUGGUCCAGCCAGCCUCAGUCACCACAGUCUUUACUGAGCCCCAGAGAAGUCCUCACCAUGAUAGAUGUAGGAAUGAUUCCAAACAUCCAUGCAGUACACCUUUGAGGCACAUCGCAGAAAUCAGUGUUGAUUCAGUCACCAUAGACACUGAACUGGACACAGUGUGCUCAGAACAGGUUCGACAGUACCUGAAGUCUGCAAUUAGCAACAGGACAAGUACAGCCUUGCAUCUAAGCGCAGAAAAUGGAUACUGUACCGGACUAACCAGCCAUACUCAAAACAAUCUUCAAUCCUUCAGCUCUGAUGAUGAGAGAACUGUUGAGGAGACGAGUAGUGAAGCUGCUGUGUCAAAGCUUGACUACAGAAGAAGAAGAAGACAGGCAUCUGGAAGGAAGGGGAAAAGAAGACAUUUCUACCGAAGCAAAAGGAAUGAUUCCCACAUUAGCACAAAGAGAGAUUAUGACAAGAGCAGAGUAGAUAUAGAUCAACUCAGUGAGCUGAGCUUGUCGCUUAUUGAGCUUCAACAACAAAAAACAGCCACACUUCAUACUCUUAAGAAGCUGAGAGAGGAAAUGGACGGAGCUAAGAGAGAGCAUCUCUCUCUACAGCUCAGUGUGAGGGACAGCAGAACCCAGGCCCAAAACAUCACGUAUGAGCUACAAAAACUGCAGGCCCAGAGGAACAUAUGCUUGGAGGAGGUCAGGGUUCUGCGGGAGAAACAGUGUGUAAGCCGCAGUGUGUCUAUUCUGGAGAGGGAGGAGAUGGACAGGCUGCUGGAUAAUGCCAAAUCUGAACUGUUUUCAGAACAGAGACGUUUCAGACACACACUGGACUCUGUGCAGGAGAGGCUAGAUGAGGUGAAUCAGGAGAUGGAGCAGAGGGAGGAGGACUGCAGGGCUCUCCGACAGAAAUGCACUGAGCUGGAGGAGCAGCUGGCUGAUACGAUCAGAGAAAAAGAACAAAUAAAGGAGUCGUUACAGAAAGAUCUAGAGCAACAAGUCAAGCGCUUUGGAGUGCUGGAGAGAAUCGUUGCCCAGAAAGAGCUGCUUUUGCAGGGGACUGAAGAAGCCAAGGACGCCCUUCUUCAGGAGCUCUGUUCACUAAGAGAGGAGCACAGCUUAAAACUGAGAGAAAUACGGAGCAAGACAGUGCAAGAAAUCGAACAGCUGACGUUAAAGUUAACCAAAAGCCACACAGAGGAGAUUCAAAAGGUGAAUCAGCAGGCGGAUGAGUUGAGGUCAGCUUCUCUCCGUGAACAAGCUCAGACCCACAAACAGAGCCUGGACUCUUUACACAGCUGCAUCCAGAUGAAAGAUGAGGAGAUAAACCGACUAAAAGAGGCUCUAGAGCAGCAUGAGGGGAGGAUGAGGAGGCAAGCAGAGGAACUCAAAAGAGAAACUCAGGAAAAGAUUCGAAAGGCUGUGAAACGAGAGGAAAGGAAGUGGGAGGAACAGAGAGAGAAGGCUCUUGAAGAGCAGCGUGGGACUCUGGAGCAGCAAAUAGAGGAUGCAGUGAGGAGAGGGAAGACAGAAGUGGAGAAGGAGAGAAGGAACGCACUGGCUUUACAGAGUAAAGUGACUGAGCUUCAGAAAGAGUCAGAGAAGGAGGUGGUGCGUCUGAAGCAAACUUUGCAACGGUCUGAAAAAGAGCUUCAGGAGCUGAGAACAGCCCUCUCUGAGAAAGACCAAAAACACAAGAGAAGAACAGCCAGACUUGAGCAGCAGAGCAAACGCUGGGCGCAGGACAUACACAGCGAAUGUGUUUGCCUGCAGGAGUUACUUAAACACAGCGGCCUAGCUGCUGAAAACACAAACUCAUCAGACAGUCCUACAGCGAGUGAAGCUCUUCAGAACCUCCAGUCCCUCACAAAGGUCCUACAACAGCAUGUUAAUGAUCUAAAAAAUGAGCUCAGCUCACAGAGACGUGCUGUACUGCAGCUCAGCCGUGAAAAGGAGCGAGAGCUUCAUCUGCAAAAAAAGCAGCUGAUGGAGGAAAAGCAACAAGCACUUGCUGCUCUUAAAGAGAAACUCAUACAGGAGCACAUUGAGGAAAUGAGCAGCAUAUCUCGAGCACAGCUGCGCAUGGACAAUGAUGAUACAGAUGAAGCGCGUGUCCGUCUGCGCAGGCAGCUGCGGGCUAAAGAGGACGAGCUCAGGCAGGUGCAGAACAACAUGGCGCAGUGGAAAGACAAAACCGCUGCUAGACUCGCACACAAAUUUGAGCUGGAGUUUAGCGCAGAGCUGGAGAGGAGGAUCCCAAAUCCAAGAGCGGAGCAACAGAAGAGAUUGGAGAGACUGGAGAAUGAGAUGAGACAUCUGACUGGGCAGUGCCAAGACUACAACGAAUCCCAGUCAGCACCCACAGCUCUACAGGGUGACACAGAAUUCCAAAACUCUCGAGUCACCCAAGACCUGACCUCAUAUAAACUGCUGCGGCACCUCCAGAGUCGCAUUGUACAGCUUCGAGGAGAGAGUCAAACCCGCUGCCCCAGCCCGGUGAAGUGGGACAGGAAUCCCACAGGCCUGGGUGGGUCUUAUCUGGACACGAUUGCUUCUGCCCAGGACAGCCAUAAGAAAGAAGAUCACUUUCCAGAGACCACCUUCAGUUAACAUUUAUUUUUAACACUCUGUAACCUAGAAUUUUUUCCUAAACUGUUGAUUUCAUAGGAAACCAUGUACAAGUACAAACAAUUAUUAAAGGGAUAGUAUACACAAAAAUGAAAAUAGUGUCAUUAAUUACUCGCCCUCAUGUUGUUCCAAACCGGUAAGACCUCUGUUCAUCUUGAGCGCUCAUUCAUGACCCUGCAUAGGCAGCAAUGUUACUACCACGUUCAAGGAAAUAUACACAGAAAUAUAGUGAGGACAUUAUUCAAAUAGUCCAUGUCACAUCAGUGGUUCAACCGUAAUUUUAUGAAGCUGCAAGAAUACUUUUAGUGUACAAAGAAAACAAAAAAUAACAUCUUUAUUCAACAACGAGAGUGAGGAUGAGUAAUUAAUGACAGAAACUUCAUUUUUGGGUGAACUGUCCCUUUAAUACCACCUCUGCAGAGCAUAUGAAUGAAGUUUAUAGUUUGGACAGAAAGAUCAUCAAAUAGGCCUGUUAAAAAACAAAAUGGAUAAUUCUUGAUCUUAGAAUUGUGUUUGAGUUUACUGUGAUAUAAGGAACAGACGUAGUGUGUAGCAAACGGUAUUUACAACUGGUAAUUUAACUUAAUUUUUUUAAGGUGAUUUUUAAUGAAUUGUUGUUGAACAACAUAACUUAAAUCAAACAAUUAAUGUAUGAAUGUUUUUUUUCUGCAUGAAUAAAAUGUCAAAAGCAGAGUA